AUGCUCCCACAUGCAUUGAAGAUAGCUAACCUCAUAUUCUGCGCCACAGACGCCCCAAAACAUCCUGUCGUCCUAGCCCAUGGCCUCCUCGGCUUUGAUGAACUGCGGCUUGUCGGCCGCUACUUCCCGGGCGUUCAAUACUGGCGCGGAAUCAAGGAAGCGCUGUCAGCGCAAGGAAUCGAGGUUAUCACAGCCACGGUGCCGCCGUCGGGUUCCAUUGAAGAGCGUGCAGAGGAGCUGGCGCGGGAUAUUGAAGUUGGGGCGCGGGGGAAGGAUGUCAAUAUCAUUGCUAUGGGUGGCCUUGAUUCCAGAUACAUGAUCAGCCGUCUCCAACCGCAGAAAUUCAAAGUGUUAUCACUCACCACUAUUGCGACACCACAUCGCGGUUCCGCUGUUGCUGACUACUGUUUCGACCAAAUCGGAGCCGACCGCCUGCCUCAGAUCUACUAUACCCUGAACAAGCUGAAUGUCGAGACGGGCGCCUUUGCACAGCUUACCAGGAAGUAUAUGUCCGAGACAUUCAACCCGAAUACACCAGACAUAGAUGAUGUCCGGUACUUCUCCUAUGGGGCCGCUGUCCAGCCCAGCAUAUGGUCUGUUUUCCGCCUCUCUCACCGGAUCCUCGCUGAAGCAGAAGGUCCCAAUGACGGACUUGUCAGCGUGGCUAGCAGUCACUGGGGUGGCGAAGAGGGCUACAAGGGGACGCUGGUGGGCGUCAGCCAUCUCGACCUAAUCAAUUGGACGAAUCGGCUGAAGUGGCUCGCAGCGGAAGUGACGGGCAACCCGCGGAAGUUUAACGCCAUUGCAUUUUAUUUGGACAUCGCAGAUAUGUUGGCGAAGGAGGGCCUUUGA